UCUGAUGCAAGAAUGGCGGCGGUAUUUAAUUUGUUGUCAUUGAUUCUAUGUUUUGGACUAAUAUCACUAAUUCAUUGCUUUCAAUGUCCCAAUAAUCCUGAGAAUGGACAUUGGGACGCGGAUUCGUACAAUGAGCGCUGUAUUUUGAGAUGUGAUGAUGGUUUUGAACCGUCCGAUUGUCAUGUUCUCCGACCAGUACGUGAUGGACGAGAAUGGAACCAUGACAUUCCGGUCUGCCAGGAAGCGAGCAUGGUGUCUGGAAAAACCAUUGUUGCCGUGGGGGUCGGGACGGCAGCGGCAGUGGUGGGCGUUCCCGCGGUUUUGGCGGGGGCGGGCUUUACUGCAGCCGGGGUAGCAGCAGGUAGCUUGGCUGCCUGGCUCCAGACUCCAUUGACAGCCGCUGGUGGAUGGUUCGCUGCGUCACAAAGUGCAGGUGUACUGGGAGCUGCCGCCACUACUAAGGCGGGCGUGGGUACCUUAAUGGGGAUGGCUACACGUUACUUCUCAUCAGGAAACUGUGAACAGGAAUAGUUCCAAGAAUUAUUGUACAAACACUCAUCAAUUUAUGUCUUAUGAAAAAAAAAGUUUAUUUUUUAAAUUUAUUUAUUUAGAAACUAUAUUGAAGUUUUGUGUGUGUUUUAAUGAAAGACUAAACAAGUUUAUAUAUGUUUGAAAAGUUAUAUUUAUAAGAGACUCAGGAAAAUAUUGACUUAGCUGCUAUACUAACUGUGACAACAAAGACUAAGAGUUACACAUGAAGACUAUCUUCAGUACGAGGUGUCCAAAGGGAAACAAUACUGAUACUCAUAGUUAUUGAAUAAAAUAUUUUUUUGCAGCAG